ACUGCCUGCCUUCAUCUUCACCAAUUUAAGAAGCCGGAACACUCCGUUUCCUAGCAAUGGCAGGGAGGUGUCUGUUCGGUCCAGCGAUAACAGCAUACUAACUUUGAUUCGAUCACCUUUUUUGGAGUGUAUAGGACACCUCAACAGAAAGCCAGACGGACGAUUGAUAAACAUUUCUUUAUUCAUAACCGCUUUUUAACUAGGGGAUGCAGUAGAAAUUGUCUUGUUGGAAUAACUGAUUGUUUGUAGACUACGCGCGGAAUUUCUACCCUAUCCCUUAAGCUGCAACAGGGCUGCAGAACAGCGGAUUUCCCCUACAGGAACUCCUGCAUCUUUCAUACUUUUCACUGCAAGAGGGUUUGACAGAAAACCGCCACCAUUCCGUGCUGCAAGGGCAACGCCACCAUGUCUUCCAACGGGGACCUGAGAGAAGCAGGCAGCUGCGAGAGCUUCUGGGAGCCAGGGAACUACAAGAGGACUGUGAAGCGCAUCGACGAUGGCUACAAGCUCUGCAACGAGCUGGUCGGCUGUUUCCAGGAGCGGGCCAAGAUCGAGAAGAGCUAUUCCCAGCAGCUCACCGAGUGGGCCAAAAAAUGGAGGGGCACGGUGGAGAAAGGUCCGCAGUACGGCACGCUGGAGAAGGCCUGGCACGCCUUCAUGAACGCAGCCGACAGGCUGAGCGAGAUCCACCUGGAGCUGAAGGAGCACCUGGCCGUGGAGGACAGCGAGAAGGUGAAGAGCUGGCAGAAGGAGGCCUUCCACAAGCAGAUGAUGGGCGGUCUGAAGGAGACCAAGGAGGCGGAGGACGGCUUCCGCAAGGCGCAGAAGCCCUGGACCAGGAAGCUGAAGGACGUGGAGUCGACCAAGAAGAGCUACCAUCAGGCACGCAAGGACGAAAAGACCGCCGUUACCCGGGAGACCCUGGCUAAGGCUGACGCCUCCAAGUCCCAGGAGGAGGUGCGGAAGCUGCAGGACCGAGUGGAGAAGUGCAACCAGGAGGCAGAGAAGGCGAAGGAGCGCUAUGAGAAGGCCCUGGAGGAGCUGAACCGCUGUAACCCACGCUACAUGGAGGACAUGGAGCAGGUUUUCGAGAUCACACAGGAGGCGGAGAAGAAGCGCCUCUGCUUCUUCAAGGAGGUCAUGAUGGACAUCCACAAGCACCUGGACCUCUCUAGCAGUGACAGUUUCCGAGUGCUGUUUAGAGACCUGAACCAGACCAUCGCAGCUGCGAAUGACACCGAAGACCUGCGAUGGUGGAGGAACACGCAUGGCCCAGGCAUGAAUAUGAAUUGGCCACAGUUUGAGGAAUGGUCCCCGGAAUCGGCCUGCUCCAUUUCUCGCAAGGCCAGGAACAGUCGCUCUGACGACGUUGUGACUCUGACCAACAUCGUCUCGGCUGGAGAGGACCUUCCACAGACCCCCCAGGAGACCAUCAGAGAUGGCAAGGACUACUCCUCGGACUGGUCGGAUGAAGAAAGCCCCAAAAAAAUAAUUGAUGCAAACGGGGUGGAUGAGCACGAGAAGGUAGCAGGAGUGCGAGUAAAAGCAUUGUAUGAUUACACGGGGCAAGAAGCUGAUGAGCUGAGCUUUAAAGCAGGAGAAGAGCUAAUGAAGUUCGGCGAAGAGGAUGAGCAGGGCUGGUGUAAAGGGCAGCUGGAUAAUGGACAGGUUGGACUCUACCCCGCUAAUUAUGUCCAGGUCAUUGGGUCCUGAUGAGCCGCCCCCACCUCCCACUGCCGAACAACCGGGGCUGUAGCCAGCAACGCUGAAGCUCUGCCAAGUGACGGUGCCAUCAGUCCUGCCAACCUCGACACUGUGUUACCCAUGUUGAAGAACGGAAGGUCCCAAAUCUCUGAACAAAUGUAAUAAACAUGAAAUGCACAACAAGAACAGGAAGGUGUGGAUGAGUGACAUGGCUUGAAGGGGUGGAUUUCACCCCUGGGCUGAUUCUGUCUUUGUGAGACACAUUACCUGUACAGUGCCUUUCGGAGGAUGCAAGUCAUGUUGGCACACUGCUCUCAGUCAACACUUUCAGGUGGUGGAUGAGUCUGUAGACUACCAAGAUCAACUCCUGUGACCUACAGCACCUUUCUUUUCCUCGAAACCUGACCUUUACUACACUGUCAUCACUCAAACCUUAGUACCAGUGAAAUUGCAGGGAUCUGGUCACACAUUCACUCAAAUGAAUAUUUAUUUACAAAUCAGAUUGCUCAAUUGAAAAUACACAACUUCUAUUUAAUUAUUUCUUUCAUCUCUCAUUUACUUGUGCACAGAAGUAUGCGUGUUUCUGUAUAUAUUUUUACAAAAGGGUGCUCAGUGUGUUUUUUUUUUUUGGGGGGG